UUUCUAACAUUAAAAUGGCAGAAAAUAAAGAACGUACAUUUAUUAUGAUCAAACCCGAUGGAGUUCAACGUGGACUUGUCGGAAAAAUUAUCCAACGCUUUGAGGAUAAGGGUUUCAAAUUGGUUGCCAUGAAAAUGGUUUGGCCAACUGAAGAUCACUUGAAGAAGCAUUACGCUGAUUUGUCAUCCAAACCAUUCUUCCCUGGUUUAGUCAAAUACAUGAGCUCUGGACCAGUUGUUCCUAUGGUUUGGGAAGGUUUGAAUGCAGUGAAAACUGGUCGCGUAAUGCUCGGUGAGACAAAUCCAAAGGAUUCAGCACCAGGAACAAUUCGUGGCGAUUUUUGUAUCCAGGUUGGUCGUAACAUUAUUCACGGAUCUGAUUCAGUGGAAUCUGCCAACAAAGAAAUUGAUUUAUGGUUUGGUGCUAAUAAAGAGAAAAAAGAAACCAUUGACUGGGCUUCCUGGGCAGAGAAAUGGAUCUAUGAAUAGGUUUUUUUUUUAAAAAAAAAUAAUAAUUAAUGCAGAUUAACUUUAAAUAUUUCGUUUUUGCAAAAGAGUGCUUUGAUAAUGCAUUCCCAGAUAAAUCUCUGACUAUCACAAAGUACUGCCCAUAUAUUAUUAAUAAUUGUACAUAAAAAAAAUAACGACUAAAAUUGUGAUUUUCGUCCUUUUAAAUUAAAAAAAAAAUAGAUAAUAUCUGCAAAUUUUAAA